AUGAUUGUGGGACUACCGGUCUCAGAAGGCUUUGAUGCCAUCCUUACUGUCAUUGACCGAUUUUCAAAAAUGGUUCACUUUAUUCCUACCCAAUCAACGGCGUCGGCCAUUGACAUUGCCAACUUAUUCAUUACAUACAUCUGGAAAUUACAUGGCCUUCCCAGGAGUACAGUUUCAGAUAGAGGUCCUACAUUUAAUGCCAAGUUUAUUCCCUAUCAUCCUCAAACAGAUGGUCAAACAGAACGAAUACAACAAGAGGCUGAGAUCUUUAUUUGGAUGUUUGGGAAUCAUUGGCAAUCAGACUGGGUGUUGUUACUACCCCUAGCCAAAUUUGCUCUGAAUAACCUGAAACAAUCUUCCACGGACAAAUCCGUCCCUAACGCAGAUGAACAUGCGGAAUUCUUAGAAAAGGGCUAUGAUGAAAUCAAGGCAGCGUUAUCAAUAUCCCAAGAAAGGAUGAAACACUUCUAUGAUCAACGUCACAGGGAAGAAGAAGGAAUUCAAGUAGGGGACAAAGCCUGGCUAAGUCAUCAAAAUAUAUCCACCGAUAGACCAUCCAUCAAGCUUAGCCACAAAAAGCUAGGUCCCUAUUUGGUAAUUGAAAAAAUUGGAUCACAUGCGUAUAAAUUACAACUACCCCAUACCAUGCGCAUACAUCCAGUAUUUCACAUAAAUCUCUUAACAAAAUUCCGCCCUGACCCUCAUGGACGCGAUCCUCCUCAACCUGCACCUAUUAUUACAGAAGAAGGUGAAGAGGAAUACAAAGUGGAAAGAAUCUUGGAUAGUAAAUGGAAGGGACGCGGAAAAACAAGAAAGUUAUGGUACCUAGUCAAAUGGAAAGGAUAUGACGAAGGAAGUAACUCAUGGGAACCCAUAGACAAUGUGGGAAAUGCCCAAGAAGCCUUAGAGGAAUUUUAUAAGGAACACCCCAAUGCAGUUGGAGCUUGA